CGCCAGAUUGCCCUGAACAAGGUGGCCGUCCUGCUGCUGGCGGGGGGGCAGGGCACUCGCCUGGGCGUGACCUACCCCAAGGGUAUGUAUCGUGUGGGGCUGCCCAGCCGGAAGACCCUGUACCAGCUGCAGGCGGAGCGGAUUCGGCGGGUGGAGCAGCUGGCCGGUGAGCGCCACGGGACCCGCUGCACCGUCCCCUGGUACGUCAUGACCAGCGAGUUCACUCUGGGGCCCACGGCCGAGUUCUUCAGGGAGCACAACUUCUUCCACCUGGACCCCGCCAACGUGGUCAUGUUUGAGCAGCGCCUGCUGCCUGCUGUGACCUUUGAUGGCAAGGUGAUCCUGGAGCGGAAAGACAAAGUUGCCAUGGCCCCAGACGGAAACGGGGGCCUCUACUGCGCACUGGAGGACCACAAGAUCCUGGAGGACAUGGAGCGCCGAGGAGUGGAGUUUGUGCACGUGUACUGUGUGGACAACAUUCUGGUGCGACUGGCAGACCCUGUCUUCAUCGGCUUCUGUGUGUUGCAGGGCGCAGACUGUGGCGCCAAGGUGGUGGAAAAGGCAUACCCCGAGGAGCCCGUGGGCGUGGUGUGCCAGGUGGACGGCGUCCCCCAGGUGGUGGAGUACAGCGAGAUCAGUCCUGACACCGCACAGCUGCGUGCCUCCGACGGGGGCCUGCUGUACAAUGCAGGCAACAUCUGCAACCACUUCUUCACCCGAGGCUUCCUUAAGGCGGUCACCAGGGAGUUUGAGCCUUUGCUGAAGCCACACGUGGCUGUGAAGAAAGUCCCGUAUGUGGAUGAGGAGGGGAACCUGGUAAAGCCGCUAAAACCCAACGGGAUAAAGAUGGAGAAGUUUGUGUUUGAUGUGUUCCGGUUUGCUAAGAACUUUGUUGCCUUUGAAGUACUACGGGAGGAGGAAUUUUCCCCACUGAAGAAUGCAGAGCCGGCCGACAGGGAUAGUCCCCGUACCUCCCGCCAGGCCCUGCUCGCCCAGCACUACCGGUGGGCUCUGCAGGCAGGGGCCCGCUUCCUGGAUGCCCAUGGGGCCUGGCUCCCAGAGCUGCCCGGCUUACCCCCAAAUGGAGACCCUCCGGCCGUCUGUGAGAUAUCGCCCUUGGUGUCUUACUCUGGAGAGGGUUUAGAAGUGUACCUGCAAGGCCGGGAGUUCCAGUCCCCGUUCAUCUUGGAUGAGGACCAGGCCAGGGAGCUACUACAGCCACAGGAGUCCUGACACCCCCAGACUGCCCCCAGACUCCCCCCAGACCUGCCAGCCCUGGCGUCCUGGA